ACAAGCUGUUCCACGAUUUAUCCAAGAAAUAACGGAUGUUUAUACAAAAGAAGGAGAUGUCGCUUUAUUUGAAUGUGUCUUCUCUGGUAAUCCCAAACCAGAUGUUGUUUGGUAUAAGAACGAUAAGCUUAUAAUGAAUACGAACAAUGUAAAAAUACGUAUAUUUGACAAAGAAAAUAGAACUACUCUAACAAUUAAGCAAACUACCAAAGGAGACGAUGCCACGUAUGUUUGCAAAGCUACCAAUGAAAUCGGUAUGAUAGUAACGAAAGCCAAACUUCAUAUCGAUACUAUCAGCGAAUCACGGUUAAUGCCGGAAGACAAAGAGGAAGAAAAGCUGGAUAUAAAAUUUAAAAAACAAGAAGAGAAAUUAUACAGAAAAAAGAAAACUGAUCUAAAGAAGACAAAGGAGAUUAAGGAGAAAGUAAAAACUGAACGUAUUAAAAUUGAGAAAGAAAAAAUUCGCGAAGAGAAACUUAUUCCAAAGGAACAGAUAGAAAAAAGAAUUAUUGAUGUUGAAGAGACUCAACUAUUAGAAACUACAGAGUUCAUAGAAGAUAAACCCAAGGAGGUUUCUAGAGCACGAAAAAUAAUACCAAUCCAAGAAUCAAUUGUAACAGAAGCAAUAGCUUCUUUAAAGAAAAUUGACAAUAAAAAACUACAAGAAUGUAUACCUAAAUUCCAAGAACGUGCCAAACAAAUUGUCGAAGAGCAAGAAAGUGUUGUCGUGUCAGAAAUCACGAGUGAAGAUAUUGCUCCAGAUUUCACCAUUGAAAUGAAACUUGAUCACGCUCAAGUUACCUCGGAAACUUUACAGAAAGAUGCAAUCUCUGAAGAUGUAGAAAGUAGUUUGCAAGAAACGAAACAUAUAGAAACAAGACAAAAAAAGAUAAAGAAAAUAAAAGCCGGAAAAAUUCAAGAAGACAUUACCAUAAAAGAGAUUGUGGAGCGACAAAAAGAAAGCAUAACUCGGGAAGUCGAUGAGAUAAUGGAGGUACUUGAUGCGACAGAAUUUGGUCCGGGAGAAUUUCCCCUUCGAGAACUUGCAACAAUUGGCUACUUGGUUCGACAAGGUGUUUCCAUAAACGAGAUUAACGAAUGCCUUUACAAGACUGAGAUUUUUCCUGCUCUAAAGACACCCGAUGCUCAGAAUGCUUUGGUUCAAUUGGUGGAAAGAAAAGGCCAUGGUCCUUUGAUCACUCAGGUACUUGCCGAAGAAACGACAACUGACGAAAGUUUCGUUGCAGCGACAGUCGGUUUUCGUGCUUUUAUGAGAAUGGUUGAGCUUCAGCAUGCAACUGUGGAAGAAGUCAUUAUACAUUUUGCUCCAGAAGAUUUCAAAUCACGUGCUUGGGAAGUUACAGAAAUUUCCAAGGUUGAAACUGAGCAACAUGCUAUGGAAAGAGUAAAUAUCGUUCGCAAAAUGGAUGUUUAUUUUAUGGAGAAGAGGGACGAAAAGAAAGCUACUCACAUACAGGAUAUUCGAGAAAUUAAAGAAUACGAGGACACACGGCAGGCAAACACAACAUUGCACAAACGCAAAGAUAGCAAACCAAGGGAUCAAAUUGAAGAAACCUCACAAGAUAGGGAAGAGGGGGUUCGAUCAAUAAAAAUCGAGGAAAUCGAAGAAAUUGAAAAAGAAAGAAAAAAAGAAGAAAUCGAAGAAGAGAUUAUUGAACUCGAACAGGGUUCAAAGGGCAAAUUGAUUCGUAAACAAAAACAAGAAGUGGAACAACAAAUAAACAUAGAGGAGGAAGAAAAAACUAUUAAAAAAAUUAGAAAGUCGUUAAAACCAAAAAAAUCAAACAUUGGUAGAGAUGAGAUACAACUGGAAGAGAUAGAAAAAUUUGAAGUAACAAAAGAUCAAUUAUUGCCAUCUAUGAUUUUAAAUGUAUCUAGUCAACGAAAUCAAGUGACACCAUUACAUCAUACAAUCGAACAAGCACCUGGUAAACCUGAAUCAGAAAAAGCUAAAUAUAUAUUAGACACUGUUGUUGCGCUAACGGAACAAAUUACAUCAGUACACGAUAAAGAAAUUGAUCAAGUGGCGAGUAGCAAACCUAUCAAACGUAAAGCAUCAAUAUCAAUCUCAUUAAUAGAACCAUAUUCUAUCAUGGAAACUACUGCACAUAUAUCUACUAAUGAAUUUUCUGGACCUUUCAAAGCUACUUCUUGUGAAGCUACUCCUUCUGUAAUAACGAAGGAAAGUCUUCUCAUCAGCGAAACACUGACUCACGAUGAAAGUGUAUCAAAUCUAUCUUUGAUUAUACCAGAAACAAGUCGAAAAGCAGAUGUACAAGUCACUGUGCAAGAAGCCACAACUAUUGGAGAGAUCAUAGUUAAUCAAAACGAAAUACCAACCGAAGAUUUUAUAACACCUUUAAGUGUUAAGGCGGAAGAUAUUGUUUUACCACAAAUAUCACUUUCGGUUUAUGAAAUACAGGAAGGUUUGGUUGAAAAUAAAUUAGAAUCUACAAAAACAGUAUUUACAAAACCUCGAAUAAACGUCAAUGCAAUGGAAUCGUUAAUAAUAGAAGAAAUUUAUUCUGAGGAUAAACCAGGAAAAUAUUAUCCUGAGUUAAUAGUACCUACUGAAGUCGCUACCAAAUCAAUAAUUUCUCAACGACAACGCAUUACCGAAGAAAUGAAUGCACCCGAAAAAGAAGGAGCAUACAUUUCAAGUAGAUUACCGCCGAGUCAAACGGCCCACAUUGAAAUUUCAUAUGGAAAUGAAACGGCUGUUAUUCGUCAUGAUCUCGUACAGGAGCGUGAAGGCGAAUAUAUUCCUGAAUGUAAAGUAGAUUCUGUCGAAAUUACACCACAUAUCACCUUUUUAGAAGGAAUCAUGACAUCAAUGAUUGAUACUCAACAAAAAGAAGAUGAUUUAACAAUAGAAGAAAGUAAACAGAUCACAGCAGACUUGAAUGUCGUCGAAAUUAUGUCAGCUAUGACGGUGGAAACAAUGGCAUCUGAAAAAGAACAAGAUUAUUAUCCUGACGAAAAGCCUACUACUAAACUAGCCGUUACAUCAAUUUCCCCUUUAGAGAUCGGUUCUGUAACAGACACAAUUGUUCAAGAAUCUGAAGGAACUUAUAGUAUCGAUCAAAAACCAUUCGAAGUACUAGCGGAAACAUCAGUUAGACCAGAAGAACACAUAUUGGUAUCUCAAGUUCAAACCGCAGACUAUCCCGCGGAUUUUAAAAAUAUACUCAAGCAUGUUUCAAAGAGCGGUGAUGUAUCCAUUCAAUUAACCGAAGCGAAAACAAUCCUUGAAACGCUCAUUCAUGAUCGAGAGAUUAGCAUGAAGGAAGAUGCUAAACCGGAAAUUCACACGGUUGAGAUGAUUUAUGAUGCUAUCAGAGGUAUCGAAAUAUCGCAAACGACUUUUGUAGAAAAAGAAGCCGAAUUGAAAAUUUUUGAAAUGCCGGAAUCACAUUAUGGAAAAACAGUAUCUACUCAUCCAAUGAUCUCUCUUGAAGUUCAAGAAAUCCAACCUGAAAAUAAUUUAGGUAAAAUCCUGAAAGAAACCGUAUCAACUGCUACAGCUCAAAUCGAAACAGUCAGUUUGCAAGAAAUAAUUGUUGGUGAAACUAUUGCUGCAGAAGAUGUAGCUUCGACGAGGAAAGAUAAGAAUCCUGAAACAACGACCGCCGCAAUCUCAAUGAAUCAGAAUGAGAGCUUGCACACUACAAUGAUCGUAAUAAGUGAGAAAGAAACUGAAUAUCUCGAUAUGACUGAUGUUAAAAGUGCGUUUGCAAAUACUGAAUAUAUGACGCAAGUGGCUCCUAUAUGCGAACAAAUAAGAACAGAAUCGCCGACUGAAGAGUAUCUAAUGAUAGAUAAACCUGUGAGUGGAAAAGCAUAUUCAUCUCAUGUGCCUAUAGAAACUGUCAGUAUCGUUAUGCAAGAAACCGCGGAAAAGGAAAAUAUUUAUAAAGCAGACAUCAAACCCGAGGAAAAGAUAGCGAACAUUAAACUCACGGAGACAAUGCCUGGCGCCAGCGUUCUAGAAAUAAUUCCACAUGAUCUCGAGAAUAUUUAUAAGCUAGAUACUGAACCACAGACUUAUACAAUUGAGUCAUCCAUAACUGGUCACACUAUCGCCUCAAAGGCAGAGAUCUUAGUAGAACAAAGUGCUGGAAAAAUAAGUAGUAAUCUAUCAAAAUCAAGUAAAGCAAUAGUACAACAAGAAGCUUUGGAAGAAUUGAUAGUAACAGAAACAAAUGUUAGCGAAGCAGAACGAAUUAGAGAUGAGGAUGCGAGUCCUAUUAAACAAAAUGCCGAACUUCAAGUAUGCGCUCAAUCUGAAAAUUUGACCGUCACUGAAAUAACUACCGUAUUAACGGAGGAAGAAUUGUUAAUAAAAAAGUUACCAAAUGAACGAAGAAUUGUAUUUGAUAUAACUGAGGGCCAUAAAAUAGCUGAAACACAGGAGAUGAUUCUUGCAAGCAAUAUAAGUGCAUUGAAAGAAGAAAGACCAAACCAAGAAAAUGCCAAUCAAUUGCAAAGCGGACUAGAUGUUGUACAACAAAUGGAAGUAUCAGUAUCAGAGAAAGAAUCUCUUUUAGAAACGGAUGUAAAACCUAAUACUAAAAAAGUUGGCAUUACUUUUCAAGAGGGAGAAAGUCUAACAAUUGAAAUUACGCAUCCUGAAGAUAAAGAAGAUAUACUUGGUGAAAAACAGAUGCUGAAAACAGCCGAAGCUACAAUGGACGUAGUAACACAAAAUAUAGCAUCAACAUUUGAGAUUGUUAGUGGCGUCGUUCCAAUUGAAUUAACUACUAAACCUAUCCAAGAUGCACGUCCUAAAGCGACAUUAUUACCACUUGAAACAGCCGUUGCUGAAGAAGUACAAACAAGAGAAACUGAAAAACUUUUUUCUCAAAUGUCGGUACCAGAGAGAAAAGCUAAUUUUGAAUUUGUAAUGGGUGAAGUUCUUGUCGUUUCUUCUGUAACAACUGGUGACAAAGAAAUCAUGUCUGCAGAAAUAGAAAGACCACAAUUCAAAUCUGCUACUUUCGAUAUUCCUACUUAUACCGUGGCAGAAGCUGCUGAAAUAACUGUAACUGACAACAUUAACGAAUUAAUACACGAAGAGACGAUCUCUGCAAUGGCUACAACCGAGCAUAUAGCUCAUCAUAGUAUUGUUACAUCCGAAAUGUCAACUGGUGACUCAGAACAACUUAUGCUUGACUUCGUCAAACCAGAUAAAAAAAGAGUAGAUAUAUCAUUCGAAGAAGAAACAAGCGUAACAGUGAUUGAAACAAUUGCAUCUGAUAAGGAACGAGAAUAUUUGAAAAAACCGGAUAUUCCAGGUGAAAAAAUCAACACUAGCUUUGAUGCUCAUAAAAUCGCUCAACUUACUGAGGUUACACCAGCCAUUUAUUCAGGAGAUUUUAACGUGAAAGCACCAGCGACAGCAGCAGCAAAAGAGGAACGUUUACCGUUUGAGAGUAUCGUCCAAAGCGAAACUAUUGCAACAGAAACAGAAACAGAAUUUCAAGAUAAACAAGCCAAAACUGACACAGCUCGAAUAUCCGUCGACGAGAUUAUCAGUGUCACUAUGUCUAGUGAAAUUUUAGGCGAAAAGGAAGAUAUUCUCCAAAUUCCUAAAAAACCUACAGAGAAAAAAGCCGAGAUUCAAUUUGCCGGACAUAUUAUUGCUGAGAAAAGCGAAGUCAUUUCAAGUUCUAGUGCUGGAGAAUUGAUGGAAAUAAAACCGACUUCUAUUUCAACCAUAUUUUCAAAUAUUCCGUUAGAGGCAAUAGUAACAAUGGAAACUCAGCCAACGGAAAUGGAAACUAUACUCAAGAAAAAUAUAAUACCAUCCACGAUGCAAGCUAAUCUUUCCAUGAUAAUGGAACAAAGUGUACAGGUAUCUGCGGUAAUCUUAGAAGAUAAAGAAACAGAAUGUAAGCCGAAAGAAAUACCAAAAACAAAAACAGCGGAAAAAACUCUAAUGGAAACUCAUGGCGUCGCCGAAACAACAAUACAAAUUGCUAAUUUUAGCACUCGUGAAAUAGCUACUAGCGAAGCACCACUGGCUGCCGUCGCAUUUCCAGAUCACAUAAGUUUUAAUUCACUAGUAGAAUCACAACCUGUUAUUCAAGAAGGAGAAGAGCAAUUUACGCCAGCAUUAAUACCGAAAAAUAAAAUUGUAAACAUUGAUAUAGAAGAAGGUAAAGCCAUCGCAAGUAUAAAGCAUAUAACACCAGCAGAUAGAGAAUCGAUAUAUAUCAUCGGGGAACAACCGUGUCAACACGCUGCUUCAUUCGAUAUUGAUGCUACUCACAGUGUAGCAGAAACGUCCGCGGUAGCUAUUGAAUAUUCUGUAGGAGAAGUAACUAUCGAAAAGCCAAACGUUAAAACCGUAUCAUCUACACACGAAGUAUAUCAAAGUCUUUUAGUAACUGAAGAUAUGAUUCAAGAUCAAGAGAAACCAUUCAAAAGCAAAUUUAUGCCAGAACUUCACAAAAUAGAAAAAUUAUCUGUCGAAGAGGGUAAGCGCAUUACCUCUGUUACAGAAAUUAAAAUAGCUGACAAAGAAACUCCCCUUGAAAUAUUACAGGAAGAUAGAUCUCACUCGGCACUUUCGGUUAUUGUUCCUGGUUACGAAGUCGCUGAGAGAUCUGAAAUAAUUACCAGUUCAAGUACAGAUGAAAUGAAGGAAGUUAUAGUACCAACAAAAGUAACCGCGCUAAUUGGCCAAAAACCUUUUGAAACAGUACAAUUUUCCGAACAAAUCUUAGCGGAGAAAGAAAUAGACAGGAUUCAGGAAACAUCAUUGACAAAAACAAAAGCGCAUGUUGUUUUAGAUGAAAAUAGAUUUGUCGCCAUUACAGAAUCCACUAAUGCUCAAGACAUUGAAGAGGAAUUUGCUAUAAUGAAAUUUCGCCAUGAAGCCGCAAAUCUUUUAAUGGAAGGUAAAGAAGUAGUUGAACAAACGGAAAUUAAUUUACGCGAAGAACUCGGAGAAUUAUCCUCAGCAAUAAAACCGAUUGUAUGUGAAGCACAUAAAACAGAAUCAACUUUGGAAGGUAUUGACGUUAGCGAAAUGGUUCCUCAAGAACAAGGUGCAAUAUUUACUGAUAAAUUUAAACCCGAUAAGCGUAACGCUGAGAUUAGCUUUGUCGAGGGGAAAAGUAUUACCGUAGAUCAUAUCUUAACACAGGACAAAGAAGAAAUAAUGAAUAUUCCAAGAUACGAAGAGAGUAUGGCAAGAAUAAAACUAGGAAAACUUGGUAUGGAUAUUGCCCAAAAAGCUCAAAUAUUUAUCGAACAAAAUACUGGACCAAUCAAACCUUUUGAAAAGAUACAAGCCGAAGCUCACAUUAAACAAGAUAUAUUUCAACCCAUUAUAGUUCAUGAAGUUCCAAGUGCAGAAAGCGAACGUAUUUUCAAUAAACAUCCAAAGAUAAUAUUCAGUACAGCUAUACCAACAUUUGAAGAGGGCCAUGGUGUAUUUAUUACGGAAAUAACAUCUGCCGAAGUCGAGGCAUUAUUAGAAGAGAAAAGACAUAAAAUAUCGCAAAAAGCUGUCGAUACUAUUGUUACCGAGCACGAUAUGAUAGAGACCACAAUGGUGGAAUCACGAGUAGACGUACCUGAACAACCUUCAGAUUAUAUUUCAAUGCCUCAAGUUGCCGCACCAGCUCGAGAUACGUUUGAAAGCAUUAUUGUUAACGAGAAUAUUAUCGAAGAAAGCGAGAAGACUUUUGAUGAUCUUUUUAAACCUGCAGCACAAAAAGCGAAUAUUGAUAUAACAGAGAUAAAGCCAUUGCAGAUUUCAGAAACAAUUAUUGAAGACAAAGAAGGGAUGUUGAAUAUUGUUUCAAAACGAACUGAAGUCAAAGCUACAUCAGAUAUCGAUUUAUUCCAAACUAUUGAAGGUUCUUUUGUAGAAAGUAUACAAAAUACUCGAGAGCUUCAAGAAGAAAAACCACUUUCCUCUCAAGCGACUAUGAUUCAGACCACAAUGGAAUCAAUAGUAAAGUCAGAAACAACACCAGCCGAAAAAGAAGACAUUUUUGAAUGCAAGUUCCAAUUCGAAGGGCAAAAAAGCAAACCGCAAUUCGAAAGUUUUACAACGGUUGUAAUUACUGAGACAGCUUCUAAUGAAAUCGAAGAUAUUUUACCUAAAACCAUUACACCAAAACAACAUCGGGCACAAUUAAAGUUGACAGGCAGAGAAACCGCGGAAGUCCUUCAAAUAGUUACAGCGAAUACAAUCGAAGAUUUUGCAAAAUCUACUAAAUUAUACGAACAAAGAGGUAAACCAGGACUCGAAGAAUUAUCAUCCGUAACUGUUUCCGAAAUUAUUUCCAAUGAAACUGAAAAUCUUCUAACUAGUAAGACUAUUCCGAAAGAUGGUAAGGCUAAUUUUAAUAUUUCUGGCAGAGAAGUCGCCGAAACAACUGAAGUAACAAUAUUAUCUGAGACUAAAGAACUUUCUACAGAAAGAUCUGAAGAACAAAAAAGCAACCAACAAAUCAAUGAAUUAAUUCCACUGACUAUUUCACAAGUAAUUUCUAGUGAGGCCGAAGAUACAUUAGUUAGCGCCAAGCUUCUAGCGGAGAAAAUGGCACAACCAAAUUUGUUUGGAAGAGAUAUCGCAGAAACAACACUAGUUUUAACAAUGACUAAUGCUGAAGAACUCAUUCCUAAAAAAGAAACCGGAAAACAGAAAGGUACAAUCAGUCUCGAAGAAUUUAUGCCAUUAAUAGUUUCACAAACAGAAUCUCAAGAAACUGAAAAUGUUCUUACUAGUCCCAACAUGCCAACUGAGAGAACGGCGCAAACAAGUUUAUAUGGCAGAGAUGUAGCAGAAACUACAGAAAUAAUGACUGCGUUAAGUCUAAAUAAAUUUGUUGAAACUGAAAAACCCCAAAUACAAAAGGGAAAACCAAAUCUCGAAGAAUUAUUAUCCUUAAAUAUAAUGCAAACUAUAUCAAAUGAAACGGAAGCUCUAAUGCCUAGUACAGAAAUGCCUACGGAAAAAAUGGCACAAACUAAUUUAUCCGGUAGAGAUGUUGCGGAAACUAGUCAAGUUUUAACAAUGAUGAGCACAGAAGAAAUUUCAAAUCAAGUAUCACCUGACCAGCGUAAUGGAAAAAUACAAAUAGAAGAAUUAUCGUCCCUGACUAUAUCUCAAAUAUUAUCUCAUGAAACCGAGGAAACUUUCGAGAGUUCCAAUGCACCUGAUAAACUCACUGCGAUGCCUACAAUGUCUAGUAGAGAAAUUGCGGAGACUUCUCAAGUGUUUACUGUAACAAAUACUGAAGAACUUUCAAGACCUAAAAGUCCAACAAAACAAAAAGGUAAACCACAACUAGACGAACUUUCCUCACUUUUGGUUUCUCAAGUAAUAUCUACAGAAACAGAAACACAACUGCCAAGUGUAGAAAAAUUAGAGGAAAAAAUAGCCAUUCCAUAUUUCUUAGGCAGAGAAAUAGCUCAGAAAGUUGAAGUUAUAACCGCUGCAACUGUGAAACAAAUACCCGAAUUGAAGAAAAAAGAUGACCAAAAAGGAAAACCAAACAUUGAACAAAUGAAUUCUAUUACUAUAUCUGAAGUAAUUUCUACGGAAUCAGAACAAGAAUUACUAAGUCCAGAAAUUCCAAAACAACGAAAAGCGCUGCCAAAACUACCCAGCAUAGAAGUCGUAGAGAUGUCAGAAGUUUUGACAGUGAGUAAUGUUGAAGAACUUGCGAAAUCACCAGCUCUAGAAAAACAUACAAGUAAACAAAACUUAGAAGAACUAAUGCCAUUAUCGAUCUUUGAAGUGGCUUAUACCGAGGCAGAAAAAAUAUUACUUACACCAGAAAAACCAACUAAACAAAUAGCCGAAAAAACUAUGUUAGGCAUGCGCGUUGCCGAGAAGUCGCAAGUAUUUACGUCGUUGACAACAGACGAGAUGACAGAGCCAGCUAAAUCUCUGAUCGGAAAAAUAACACCAGAACAAAUACCCUUUGAGAGUAUACAACAAAUUGAAUCAAUUAUUCAUGAAAGCGAACAUUCUCUUCUUCCCGAUAAGAAGACACCAAGUACCAUAGCCGAGGUUUCAUUCGGUAUUUCUGAAAGUGUCGAAAUUAUUCAAGUAACUGCUACAGAGAAGGAAACAAAGGAAGUUGUCAAAAGCUUGGACAAAGCAACUAAACAAACAGCAGAGCAAACAAUGCAGAGUAUUUACGUUGCAGAAAAGUCUCAAGUAAUUACAUCGUCAACAACAGAAGACAUGACAUUUGUUAAGCCAGAGAUACAAAAAGUAACACCUGAACAAAUACCGUUUACAAGUAUACAGCAAAUUGAAUCAAUUCUCCACGAAAGCGAGCAUUCGCUUCUUCCUAAUAAAAAGACACCAAGUAAAAAAGCCGAUAUUUUAUUUUGCGUUUCCGAAGGCAUUGAAGUUUUCCAAGUAACCGCUACAGAGAAAGAAGCAAAAAAAGAAAUAAAAAGUUUGGAAGAAGCAAAUCACCAAAUAGCUGAGCUGAGUAUGUUGAGCAUAGACGUUGCAGAACAAUCCCAAGUGAUUGCAUCGUCAACAAUAGAGAACAUGAUUGAGUCCGUUAAACCGGAAAUAAAGAAAAUAAUACCAGAACAAAUACCAUUUGAGAGCAUACAACAAAUAGAAUCAAUUUCUCAUGACAGAGAAAGUUUAAUUCUUCCUGACAAAGGUACAUCUACCGUAACGGCCGAUGUUACAUUCCGCGUUUCUGAAGGCAUCGAAGUUACUCAGAUAACCGCUACGGAAAAGGAAACGAAAAAUAUCAUAAAAGAUUUGGAAAAAGCAACGAAACAAAUAGCCGAGCAAAACAUACCGACUAUACACGUUGCAGAACAAUCUCAAACUAUUACUUCCUCAACAACAAAAGAAAUGGUAGAAUCUAUAAAACCCGACAUAAAGCAAAUAAUACCAGAACAAAUACCGUUUGAAAGUAUACAACUGAUUGAAUCAAUUCCUCAUGAAAGUGAACGUUUACUUCUCCCAGAUAAGAAAGUAGCAACUACAGUGGCUGACGUUUCAUUCCGCGUUUCCGAAGGAGUCGAGGUUAUUGAAGUAACAACUAAAGAAAAAGAAACAGAAGAAAUCGUAAAAUUAGAAGAAGCAAUUAAACAGAUAGCUGAGCAAAAUAUACUGAGCAUGCGCGUUGCAGAACAGUCUCAAGUAAUUGUAUCGUCAACAUCGGAAGAAAUUAUAGAAUUUGAUAAACCAGAAAUAAAAACGAUUACACCGAAACAAAUACCGUUUGAAAGCAUACAGCACAUGGAGUCAAUCUCUAAUGAAAGUGAACAUACGCUUCUCCCCGAUAAGAAAAUACCAAGUAAAAAUGCCAAUAUUUCAUUCUGUGUUUCUGAAGGCGUCGAAAUUAUUCAAGUAACUGCUACGGAGAAGGAGACAAGGGAAGUUAUAGAAAGUGUAAAAGAAGCAACUAAACAAAUAGCUGAGCAGAGCUUGUUGAGUAUGUCUGUCGCUGAAAAAACCCAAAUAGUGCCGUCAUCAACAACAGAUGAAAUUAUAGAAUCUUCUAAGUUUGAGAAAAAGAAAAUUAUUCCAAAACAAAUACCGUUUGAAAGUAUACAACAGAUUGAAUCAAUUCCUCAUGAAAAUGAACGUCUGCUUCUUCUCGAUAAAAAGACACCAACAACAAAAGCUGAUAUUUCAUUCCGUGUUUCCGAAGGCAUCGAAGUUAUCCAAGUAACCGCUACGGAAAAGGAUACUAAAGAAAUCGUAAAAGGCUUAGAAGAAACAACUAAACAAAUAGCCGAGAAAAGCAUCUUGAGUAUGCCCGUUGCACAAAAAUCUCAAAUAAUUGCGUCAUCAAUAACAGAAGAAAUGAUAAAAUCUAUUAAACCUGAAACGAAAAGGAUAAUUCCAGAACAGAUACCAUUUGAGAGUAUACAACAAAUUGAAUCAAUUCCUCAUGAAAGAGAACACUUACUUGUUCCGGAUAGAGACACAUCUGUCGCAACGGCUGACGUUACAUUUCACGUUUCCGAAGGUGUCAAAGUUAUACAAGUAACUGCUACAGAAGAGGAAACAAAGGAAGUUGUCAAAAGUCUAGACAAAGCAACUAAACAAAUAGCCGAUCAAAGUAUGUUAAGUAUGUCUGUUGUAGAACAAUCUCAAGUAGUUACAUCGUCAACAACAGAAGAAAUGAUGGAGUCUGCUCAGCCAAAGAUAAAGAAGAUAAUACCCGAACAAAUGCCCUUUGAAAGUAUACAACAAAUUGAAUUGAUUCCUCACGAAAGUGAACAUUUGCUUCUUCCCGAUAAGGAGACACUAAGUACAAAGGCCGAUGUUUCAUUCCGUGUUUCCGAAGGCAUUGAAGUUAUCCAAGUAACUUCCUCGGAGGAGGAGAUAGAAAAAGUUGCAAAAAAUGUAGGACAAGUAACUGAACAAGUGGCCGAACAGAGCUUGUUAAGUAUGUCCGUUGCUGAAAAAACUCAAGUGGUUCCGUCAUCAACAACAGACGAAAUCAUAGAAUUUUUCAAGCCUGAGGAAAAGAAAAUUAUUGCAGAACAAAUACUGUUUGAGAGCAUACAACAAACCGAAUCAAUUCCUCAUGAAAGCGAACGUAUGCUUGUCUCCGAUAAGAAGAUACCAAGUGUAAAGGCCGAUGUUUCAUUCCGCGUUUCGGAAGACAUUGAAGUUAUCCAAGUAACAACAGCCGAGAAAGAAACAAAAGACAUUGUAAAAAGUGAAGAACUAAAUAAACAAGUAGCUGAUCAAAGCAUGUCAAGUAUUUCUGUUGCAGAAAAAAUACAAGUUUUUACGUCAUCAACAACAGAGGAAAUUAGAGAAGUUUCUAAGCCUGAAGUAAAGAAAAUUAUUCCAGAACAAAUACCGUUUGAGAGUGUAUUACAAACCGAAUCAAUUCUUCAUGACAGCGAAAGUUUGCUUCUUCCCGAUAAGAAAACACCAAGUACAAAAGCCGAUAUUUCAUUUUGCAUUUCUGAAGGCGUCAAAGUUAUCCAAGUAACUGCUGCGGAGGAGGAAACAAGGGAAGUUAUAAAAAGUGUAGAAGAAGCAACUAAGCAACUUGCCGAACAGAAUAUAUUAAGUAUGCCCGUUGCUCAAAAAUCUCAAGUAAUUACAUCAUCAAAAACAGAAGAAAUUAUAGUUUCUGCCAAGCCUGAAGUAAAGAAAAUUAUUCCAGAACAAAUACCAUUCGAGGGCAUACAACAAAUUGAGCCAAUUUCUCAUGAAAGUGAAUGCUUACUUAUUCCUAAUAAAAGAAUGACAAGCGCAACAGCUGGUGUGUCAUUCCGCAUUUCCGAAGGAGUCGAAGUUAUCCAAGUAAUCGCUACAGAGAAAGAAACAAAAGAAGACGUUACAAAUUUGGAAAAAGUAUCUAAACUAAUAGCCGAUCAAAGCAUGCUAAGUAUGGCAGUUGCUGAAAAAUCUGAUGUGAUUACGUCGUCAUCAACGAAGAAAAUGAUGGAAUUUGUUAAACCUGAUGUAAAAAGAAUAACAGCAGAGCAAAUACCUUUUGAAAGUGUACAACAAAUGAAAAUGAUUCCUCAUGAAAGUGAACAUUCCAUUAUCACUGAAAAAAUGGUACCAGGUACUUCAGCCGAAGUUUCAUACCACAUUUCCGAAGGUGUCGAAGUUAUCCAAAUAAUUCCUACGGAGAAAGAAGCAAACGAUGUCGUCAAAGGUCUGGCUAAGGAAGUAAGCGCGCAAGAGGAUAUAAUUAAACGAAAAGUUGCUCUAAAAACUGAAAUUCAUUCAGAAAAUAUAGUUUCGGAAUUCAAUGUCCCAAAACCAGACAGUAAAACAGCUCAUAAUAUAAAAGAUGAAAAUCAAGGUAUAAUUGUUACUGAAUUACAACACAUUACUGAAAUUGAAUCAAAUUUGCCCGAACUCGUAAUUCCGAUAGUGCCAAAAAUAGCAAGUACAUCUAUUGAAGCCGACUACUUGGAAAAAAUUGUAGAAACUACAGAAACAUCAGAGCAACAUCAUAUCACAGUCACACAACACACCACAAUACACGAAACAAAACAACCAAUAAAUGAAUCUGAUACUGAAAUAAUUGAAGAAUAUACCACAAAAUUUAAAACUGGCACUAAAGAAAAUGAAAUGGCAGCAAUUAAAACAAAGAAAACAACAAUUCGAAAAAAGAAACCAAAAACUAAAUCGGAAAAAGACAAAAUUGUAAUAAUUGAAGAAGAAAUAGAAGACAUAAAAUCACAAGUACCAUCUAUACCAAAAAAGCAAUUUAUGCAUAUCGAAGAAGUAACAGGACAAAUAGAAAUAGAAGAAAUAGUACCAACAAAAAUUGAAGAAUUAGAAGAAACAACUGAAAAUCAAGAAGAAACAAAAAUGACAGUACAAAACAAAGAAAUAGAAGAAAUAGUAUCAACAAAUAUUGAAGAAUUAAAAAAAGCGACUGAAAAUCAAGAAGGAAUAAUAACGGCAGUACAAAACGGAGAAAUAAUUAUAAAAGAAGAAGGACGAUUACCAUUAAUUAUAGUUACAGAAGGACCAGUAAAGGAAAUCAUCGAAGAGAUCAUCCUUCCUAUAUCACAUACGGAAUUCGCCAAGCCCAUUGAAGAGCAAGAUAUAAAGAAUCAAGUAACAGUGACCGAAGAAGCAAUUAAAGGAAAAAAAUCUAAAAAAACGGGACAAUUACCUACAACAACAGUUAAGGAAGAUACAGUAGAAGAAAUCGUCAAAGAAAUUAUAUUUUCUCCAUUACAACCUGAAUUCGCAAAAUCUCUUGAGAAGGGAAAAUACAAAAAGCAAGUAACAGUUACUGAACAAGCAAUCGAAAGAAUGAAACCGAAAAAAAUUAUUAAAAACAAAAUAAUUAAACUUAAAGGACAAAAACAGCAAGUGUGUGUGACAGACGAGACAACUAUAGAGGAACAGGGACAAUUACCCACAACAACAGUUACGAAAGGUACAAUAGGAGAAAUUGUUGAAGAAAUUGUACUUCCUUUACCUCAACCUGAAUUCGUCAAACAUUUUGAAGAGGGAGAAAUAAAAAAACAAGUAUUAGUGACUGAAGCAAUCGAAGAAAAGGAACCGGAAAAAACCUCUAAAGAGAAAAUUGUUAAACGUAAAAGACAGAAACAACAAAUGAUGAAAGACACAACAAUACAGAAACAGAGACAACUACCAGUAACAGUUACGGAAAGUCCGAUAGAAGAAAUCGUCGUAAAACCGAUACUUCCUCUAACACAAUCCAAAAGCACUGAGCACAAUGGACAGAAAGAAAUAAGGAAGCAAGUAACGAAAACUGAGAAAAUAAUUAAAAAUAAAGAACCGAAAACUAUUACUAAAAAGGAAAUUAUUAAACGUAAAGAGCAAGUGAUAGAAGAGACAACAAUAGAUAUAAAGGAACAACUACCUGUAAUAACAGUUCCAGAAGGUGCAGUAGAAUUAAUUGUUGAAGAAAUUGUUCUUCCACUAUCGCCUCCUAAAUUUGUAAAACCCCAAGAAAAGGAGGAUAUAAAAGUGCAAACAACACUAAUUGAAAAUACAAUCAAAGGGGAGAAACUAAAAACGAUUACUAAAAAAAAAAUCAUUAAACAAAAAGGACAAAAACAACAGAUGACACAAAAAACAAUUGUAGAACAAAGACAAUUACCUGUGACAAUAGUUACAGAAGGUCCAUUAGAAAAAAUAGAAACUGUAUAUUCUCUGCCACAAUCCGAAUUUGCUCAGCGCUUCGAAGGGGAGGAAAUAAGGGAAACGGAUAAAAUUAUAAUGACUGAAGAAGUUAUUGAAGAUAAAAAACCGAAAGACAUCACUAAAAAAAAAAUUAUUAAACAAAAACAGCAAGGGACGCAACAGACUAUCAUAAAGAUGAAGGAUCAACUACCUGUAGCAACAAUUAUGGAAAGUCCUGAAGAAGACGUCAUUAAAGAAACUGUACUUGCUCUAUCACAAUCUGAAUUCGCCAAGCCCUUUGAAGAAAAAAAAAUAAAAAAGCAAAUAAUAGUAACUAAGGAAAUAACUGAGGGUGAAAAAUCGAAAAAGAUUAUUAAACAUAAAGGGCAGAAACAGCAAGUGACAGAAGAGACAGUAGAUAAAAACGAACUACCUAUAAUAACAGUUACAGAAGGUCUAGCAGACAAAAUCAGUAAAGAAACUCUUCCACUAUCUCAUCUCGAAUUUGUAAAACCUCACGAAAAGGAGAAAAUAAGGGAGCAAACAAUAGUAAUUGAAACAGUUGUCAAAAAGAAACCGAAAAACAUUACUAAAAAGCAAAUUAUCAAACAUAAAGAACAAGAACUACAAGUAAUUGAAGAAGUAACUAUGGAAGAAAAUGGUAAGUCACCUGUAACAUCAAUUACGGUUAGCCCAAUCGAAGAAAUUGUUGAAAAAACUUUAUUACAUCCUGAUUAUGUUAAAUUUAUUGAAGAAGAAAAUAUGAAAGAUGAUACAUCACUUAAAAAGCUAGUAAAAGAAGAAAAACCAAAGAUUAUUAAAAAGAAAAUUAUUACGGUCAAUGAGGACAAAGAGAAACAGGAGGCAAAAAUUACAAAUCUUCACGCAGACACUACACCUAAAAUACAUAUUAAACACGAUGGAUUGAUAAAGUAUAAAAUUAGUAAAAAAACUUUGGAAGGUACCAGAGAAGAAUCACUAUAUCAGGAAGAAGAAUCGAUUUACAAAAUGCCUGAAGAAACUUUAGAACAAAUUGUAACUAAAGAAAUAGAUUUUCAAAAGGCUCAACCUCUUGUCGAUAAAGAAGAAUCGGUAGAAAUUAUAAAAAUAGAUCUUAAGAAGGCACCAGUAGAAGAAGAGAGGAUAUCUAUCAUCGAAGAGAACGAGAAUAUCAAAAAGCCGACACAGAAAAUCAUUAAGACAAAAAAAUUACCAAAGAAAAAGGAUGAACAUGUUAAGGCAAUCGAAGAAAUAAAACCAGAGAAAAUAGUUGAAAUGCCAACCAAAGAAAUAAUUGAGAAAAAGGCACAUAUAAAAGAAACUGCUGACGUUCUUGAGCAAGUCGUAGAGGAAAUUCAAACGGACAUGCCAAAAAAAGAAAAGGUUAAAGUUAUCGUGGAAGACAAAAAAAAUACUGUUACAGUUACAAAAAUAGAUGCACAGAAAUUAAUUGUUAAAGUACCUGAAGAAAAAAUAGAUGUUGAAAAGGAAAUAAUAGAAACUGUUGAAAUACCUGCAACCAAAAUAAUUGAAAGUCUAAAAUUAACAACAGAAGAUCAACAUAAAAAAAUUGAUCAGAAACCAAUUGAAAAAACUCAAAUAAUUGCUAAAGAAAAUAUAGUCGAAAUUAUUGAAACGCCAAUAGAAAAGAAAAUAAAGAGAAAAAAGGAAAAGCCUCAUGAAGAUAAUUUGCUACAAGAAAUUGUUACAGAAAUUAUUUUAGAUAAGCCACAGAUGGAACAAGCUCAAACUAUAUUUAAUACUAGAGAGGGUAUCGAAGUUAUGCAAAUCUUAACAGAAUUCUCCGUUGCUAAAUUCACAGAAGUUGAAGCUAUACCAAGAGAAGCUGCAAUGUACGAAAUUAAAAAAGAAGAAAGCCCAUUAAAGACAAUUUUAAGGGAAGAAGUAAACACGAUUCCUGUACAGGAACAAAUUACCAUCGAAAUUACUCAAGAAAUAUUAAACAAAAAACCAAAAGAAGAAAAAAUAAAAUUGACUAUCAUACCAAAAGAAGGAAUUGAAGUUACUGAAGCGAUUCCGGACACUUCCACUGAGGAUCUUCUUGAAAUGAUAAAACCAAUAAAAGAGACGAUAUUUCCAAUGAAAGAAGAGGAACCACAAGUUGAUAUAAAAAAAGUUACUGUAAAGAAACCAAAAAGGAUUAAAUCAAUACACGCAAGUAAACAACAAGAUGAAGAAGAAAUUGUCGAAGAUGUUACAUUAGAUAAUAUAACACAAGAAAAAGCGGUAAAAAUAAUAAAUGCAAAUGAGAAAAUAAAAACUACGAAAAUUUCAGAAAUUACAACCAAUGAAAUUGAUAAUAGUAAAACUCAAGAAGACCGAUUAGAGGAAGCAAUAGAGGAUAUAAAAAUGAAAAAACCCAAGAAAGAAAAGGCUACAAAGAAUGUACUUUUACAAGAAAGUGUCGAAAUUUCGGAAGUAACAACAGAAAUAGUACCUGAAGAAUUCAUCACAGAAAAAACAUUUGUUGAAGAAGAAGCAAAAUCAAGUGUUUUACCAAUAGAAAAUAUUGAAACUACUAAAGUUAAUCUAGCUAUAGCAGAUGUUGAAAUAAUAAAAAAGAAAAAAAUAAAACCUAGCAGGACUGACAUUAAAAAAGAAAAAGAAAAAAAAUUAUUUCCUAUCGAAAAAGAAGAGGUCACUCAAGAAAAAAUAAUACUUAGCCAACCUAAAUUAGAACAAAUACAAAUAGAAAAUAUUACACCAAAAACUACAGAAGUGACAGAAAUAAUUCCCAAAGUUAAAAUGGAAGAUACUUUAAAGGAGAAGAAAAAAGAAAAAUCUAAAGAUGAAUUGAAGGAAGUAAAAACAAUAUAUCCUGAAAAAAUGAAGGAAUUUGAAAAACCAAAAGAAGAAAUUGAGUCUACUGUAGAAGAAAAACCAAUAGAUCUUAAACCUAUCGAGAAAAUAAAAGAAAAGAAAGUUAUAAAGAAAAAGAUGAAAAAAACCGCCAAGAAAGACAACAUAGAAGAAUGGAUAGAACCUGAGUAUGAAAGACCUGUACUAGAGCCGAUGCCUGAAAAAAUUCAAUGGGAAUCAAUAAAAAAAAAGAAAGAAAAGGAAAUAUUGCCUGAAUCUAUACAAAAAUUAGUUCCACAAAAAAUCGAAAGAAAACAAAUCAAACCUACAAAAUUAAAAUAUAUUGAACCAUUGCAAGAAAUAGUCCAAUUCGGUACAAUUAAAUUAAAAAAAGCACCAGUUGUUAAGAAAAAAGAAAUAAUUGAAUCAACAUUUCCUAAAAUCAUGUUACGAAGUAGAAUUACAUUUAUCAAUGAUUAUCCAGCACAAUUACAAGUACCAAAAGUUACGUACAUAGAAAAGAAUCCAACACAAGCUGGCAUUUUAUCUAGAAAUACUGAUGAAGCAUUACAAAUUAUAAAGAAAAAAUAUAAAAAACCUAAAAUAUUAGAGAAAGAUUUGGUUAAAUUAGAGAAAUUAGAUAAAGAGUUCAAAGAACUAAAAAAAGUUCCAUUGGAACAAAUAGAAGAUAAAUCUAUUUAUGAACGUACACCAAAGAAGUCGCAGGAAACAUUUCAAGAACCACAAAAACUUAUUACUGGAAAAGGUGAAAUAAAACAAGAACAUGAAAUUAUACCGGAAGAGAUAAAACUAAAGAAAAUACCGAUAAAGAAAUUAGAACAAAUAACAGAAAACAAAGAAACACCUAAAAUAAAAGAAUCCGUAGAAGAUACAUCCUUAAAAAAAGUACAACAACCUCAAGAAAUAUUUACAUAUGAUGAAUUCAAACCAAUACAAUUUGAUAAGCCAGAAAUCGAAAAAUACAUACCUGAAGAAUUCGAAAUAUCCAAGAAACCAAAACCUGAACCUGAUUCAAAGCCAUAUAAACCACUUAAGAGCAAAAAACCUGAACAAGAUAUGGAGCAAAUUCCUCUUAUAAAAGGUAUACCAAAACCACAAGAACCUAAAGAAGAACCUGAGAUCAAAUUUCGAAUACCAACUUCAGAAAAAUCCGAAGAUGAACCUAAAAUAAUCACUUUAAAAGGAUGGACAGAAACUAAACCCAAAGAAAAAAGCACAGAAGAACACCCAACGAAGGACAAGACAUUACCAACAACGCCAAAAGACACUGAUGACUAUACAGUAAAACAAAAGAAAAAACCAAAAAAGAUUAAAGAGGAAGAAAUAAAAUCACAGGACAGUAAUGAGAAUAAUAUUUCAAAACAUAUUUCUGAAGAAAACCAAGAUAUAUCUACAGAAGAAUUAAUUAUAAAAAAACCGAGGAAGAAAUCAGAACCAAAAGAAAAGCAAGUAGUUAUCGAAGAAGUUACGUUGAAAAAGAAACCAAAGAAAAAGCUCGUUACUGAGGAAUCUGCUGCUGAAAUAACUGUAAAGAAACCAGUCCUAAAAAAGGAAGAACAAAUUCCGGAAGAAAUCUCUGAAAAAAUGUUACUAAAGAAACCAGAACAAGAAAUUCCUAAAGAAGAAAUUGUUGAUGAGGUGACAAUUAAGAAACUGGUUGCUGAAGAAGGAAAAGAAGAUGUAAAAGGAGUUACCGAAGAAGUUACGUUGAAAAAGAAACCAAAGAAAAAGCCCGCUACUGAGGAAUCUGCUGCUGAAAUAACUGUAAAGGAACCAGUUCCAGAAGAGAAAGAACAAAUUCCGGAAGAAAUCCUUGAGAAAGUGGUACUAGAGAAACCAAAACAAGAAAUUCCUAAAGAAGAAAUUGCUGAUGAGGUGACAAUUAAGAAACUGGUUGUUGAAGAAGGAAAAGAAGAUGUAAAAGAAGUUACCGAAGAAGUUACGUUGAAAAAGAAACCAAAGAAAAAACCCGCUACUGAGGAAUCUACUGCUGAGAUAACUGUAAAGAAACCAGUUCCACAAGAGAAAGAACAAAUUCCGGAAGAAAUCUCUGAGAAAGUGGUACUAGAGAAACCAAAACAAGAAAUUCCUAAAGAAGAAAUUGCUGAUGAGGUGACAAUUAAGAAACUGAUUGUUGAAGAAGGAAAAAAAGAUGUAAAAGAAGUUGCCGAAGAAGUUACGUUGAAAAAGAAACCAAAGAAAAAGCACGCUACUGAGGAAUCUGCUGCUGAAAUAACUGUAAAGAAACCAGUUCCAGAAGAGAAAGAACAAAUUCCGGAAGAAAUCCUUGAGAAAGUGGUACUAAAGAAACCAAAACAAGAAAUUCCUAAAGAAGAAAUUGCUGAUGAGGUGACAAUUAAGAAACUGGUUGUUGAAGAAGGAAAAGAAGAUGUAAAAGAAGUUACCGAAGAAGUUACAUUGAAAAAGAAACCAAAGAAAAAACCUGCUACUGACGAAUCUGCUGCUGAAAUAACUGUAAAGAAACCAAUUCCAGAAGAGAAAGAACAAAUUCUGGAAGAAAUCUCUGAGAAAGUGGUAUUAGAGAAACCAAAACAAGAAAUUCCUAAAGAAGAAAUUGCUGAUGAGGUGACAAUUAAAAAACUGGUCAUUGAAGAAGGAAAAGAAGAUGUAAAAGAAGUUGCCGAAGAAGUUACGUUGGAAAAGAAACCAAAGAAAAAACCCGCUACUGAGAAAUCUGCUGCUGAAAUAACUGUAAAAAAACCAGUUCCGGAAGAAAAAGAACAAAUGCCGGAAGAAAUCUCUGAGAAAGUGGUACUAAAGAAACCAGAACAAGAAAUUCCUAAAGAAGAAAUUGCUGAUGAGGUGACAAUUAAAAAACUGGUUGCUGAAGAAGGAAAAGAAGAUGUAAAAGAAGUUACCGAAGAAGUUACGUUGAAAAAGAAACCAAAGAAAAAACCCGCUACUGAGGAAUCUGCUGCUGAAAUAACUGUAAAGAAACCAGUUCCAAAAAAGGAAGAACAAAUUCCAGAAGAAAUCUCUGAAAUAGUAAUACUAAAGAAACCAGAACAAGAAAUUCCUAAAGAAGAAAUUACUGAUGAGGUGAUAAUUAAGAAACUGAUUGCUGAAGAAGGAAAAGAAGAUGUAAAAGAAGUUACCGAAGAAAUUACGUUGAAAAAGAAACCAAAGAAAAAGCUCGUUACUGAGGAAUCUGCUACUGAAAUAACUGUAAAGAAACCAGUCCUAGAAAAGGAAGAACAAAUGCCGGAAGAAAUCUCUGAAAAAGUGGUACUAAAGAAACCAAAACAAGAAAUUCCUAAACAAGAAAUUGCUGAUGAGUUGAUAAUUAAGAAACUGAUUGCUGAAGAAGGAAAAGAAGAUGUAAAAGAAGUUACCGAAGAAGUUACGUUGAAAAAGAAACCAAAGAAAAAGCUCGUUACUGAGGAAUCUGCUGCUGAAAUAACUGUAAAGAAACCAGUCCUAGAAAAGGAAGAACAAAUGCCGGAAGAAAUCUCUGAAAAAGUGGUACUAAAGAAACCAAAACAAGAAAUUCCUAAAGGAGAAAUUGCUGAUGAGGUGACAAUUAAGAAACUGGUUAUUGAAGAAGGAAAAGAAGAUAUAAAAGAAGUUACCGAAGAAGUUACGUUGAAAAAGAAACCAAAGAAAAAGCCCGCUAUUGAGGAAUCUGCUGCUGAAAUAACUGUAAAGAAACCAGUUCCAAAAAAGGAAGAACAAAUUCCAGAAGAAAUCUCUGAAAUAGUAAUACUAAAGAAACCAGAACAAGAAAUUCCUAAAGAAGAAAUUGCUGAUGAAGUGACAAUUAAGAAACUGGUCGUUAAAGAAGGAAAAGAAGAUGUAAAAGAAGUUACCGAAGAAGUUACGUUGAAAAAGAAACCAAAGAAAAAGCUCGCUACUGAGGAAUCUACUGCUGAAAUAACUGUCAAGAAACCUAUUUCAAAAGAAAAAGAACAAAUGCUAGAAGAAAUCUCUGAAAAAGUAAUAUUAAUGAAACCAAAAGAAAAGUCUUUCAAGGAAGAAGUUUCCGACGAAGUGACAAUUAAGAAACACAUUGUCGAAGAAAGAAAAGAAGAUGUACCUGAAGAAAUUACAGAAACCACUGCAGAUAUAUUAUUGAGAGAAAACGAACCAAUACCAAAAACCAAAGAUGAAGUUACAGAAGAACUAAUAAUUCAGAAAAUUGAGAUUAUAAAACAACCUGAGGAAGUAAUUGAAGAAUUUACUUUAAAACGCAAACCACCGAAAAAAGUUCCGAAACCAAUUGAAGAAAUUUAUGAAGAUAUCACUUUACGUAAAUUACGACCAAAGAAAAAGUCAAUACUGGAUAUUAAAGAAGUUACUGAAGUAGAGAAUGUAACAUUUAAACCACGUACUACAAAAAGAAAAGAGGAUGUAGAGCAAGAAUUUAAAAUAUCACUGAAUACAUAUGAGGAAGAAGACAUUUCUAUGUCCGGUAAAGUGCGUCUAAAGCCAAAAAGACGGCCGCUUACAUAUUCUGAAGAGACUGGGGAAGAAACAAUCAAAAUUAUCAAAGAAAUCAUCAAUGAAUCGGAAGAAGAAGGGAGAGAAGAAUACAGCAUCGAUGAGCUUGAUAUCGACGAAAUGAAUAUACCAUUGAGACGAAAGAAGAAAGAACAAAAAGCUCCAUAUAUUGUAGAAGAAAUUGAAGAUGAUAUUAAACUGCAAUUAAAUCGUGAUAGAAAAUAUUCAUACGAGGAAGCCGAUGCCGAAUCUUUGGCGAUGAAGUUGAAGAGCAAGAGACCUGUUUCCACAUUCGAAGAAGAAAAAGCUUCUCUCAGUAUUACUAAAAAAGAGGAAAUCUCCGAAGAAGUCGAGGAACUUGAAUAUGUUGUUCGUGAAGGUGAUACAAUGUUUUCAAUUUGUUCUUAUAUUGCUGAAACAGAAGAAGCUAUUAAUUUAGUAGAAGGGGAAAAAGUUUAUAUUAUUGAUUAUACUAAUCAGGACUGGUGGUUUGUAAAGAAACAUGUGACUGAAGAAAAAGGUUGGGUACCGAUGCAAUAUUUAUUAGAUGAAACACGUUACACUAUUUAUUUGCAACAUAAAUUGCAUGAAAAGAUUGACAGAUUGCCAAUCUUUGAGAAACCUAUCCCUGGAGAUAAAGCCUUAGCACCACGAUUUAUUGAAAAAUUACAACCAAUUCAUACAUUAGAUGGUUACACCGUGCAAUUCGAAUGUCAAGUAGAAGGCAUACCAAGACCACAAAUAACUUGGUUCCGCCAGACCGCUAUUAUCAAACCAUCUACUGAUUUUCAAAUAUACUAUGAUGAGGAUAAUGUUGCUACUUUAAUAAUCAGGGAAGUCUUUCCCGAAGAUGCCGGCACUUUUACCUGCGUUGCAAAAAAUGCUGCAGGAUUUGCGUCCAGUACUACUGAGCUUAUCGUGGAAGCUCCUUUGUCAGAUCACGGAUCAGAUAUUACUGGUCUCUCGAGAAAAAGUCUUUCGAGAGAAUCAUCUUUAGCCGAUAUAUUAGAGGGUAUACCACCUACAUUUUCCCGAAAGCCAAAAGCGAAAUAUGUACAUGAAGGUGAUGAUGUAAUACUGGAAUGUCGAUUAGUCGCUAUACCGGAACCAGAAAUAACAUGGCACCAUAAAGACAUACCAGUAGUUAGUCAACAGAACAUUAAUAUUGCAUUUGAAAGUGAUAUGCAUAUGUACUGCAGUGUUAUAAGCUUCACUAAAAUUCAAAAGAAGCAAGAGGGAAGAUAUAAAAUAAUUGCUAAAAACAGAGAAGGCGAGGCUACUAUCGAGAUCCCUAUAAAGGUGAAAACUGGAAAGAGUGAACCACCUGAAAUUUUAGAACCAUUACAAUCCUAUAUAGUUAAAGAAGGUGAGACUGUUGUUUUAUCGACUCAAAUAGUCGGUAAUCCAUCACCGAAAAUAACAUGGUACAAAGACGGAAAACCAGUAAAGGACUCGCAAUUAAAGCAAGACGGACAUGUUAAUACAUUAAACUUGAUCCAACCUCAAUUAGUAGAUAGUGGAGAAUAUUCGGUUACAGCUAUCAAUGAUAUAGGCAAAGUUGAAACUCGGGCUACAUUGACUGUUGAGAAAGUACCAAGUGGUGCUCCAGAACCACCAUUAUUCACCAAACGUUUCCAAGAAGUAAUCGUUCCGGAAAAAGGUACUUUUAAGUUAAUUGCCAAAGUUACUGGUAAUCCUGUUCCCGAAGUUAUUUGGCUUAGAAACAACAAGCUACUUGAUAAAUCCAUCAAUAUCAUAGAAAAUUAUGAUGGUGAGAACAUUCUGCUUGAAAUUAAAAAUGCAGACUCUGAAGUAGAUGCUGGAGAUUAUAAAUGUGUCGCUAGUAAUCCAGUCGGAAAAGUAUCGCACGGUGCAAAAGUCACUGUAGAUGUUGCCAAAGUUUUUUUCACAAGAAACUUGCAAAAUGAAAUUACAGUCAACGAAUACAAAACUCUAGAAUUGAACUGUGAGACAUCCCACACUGUUUCUACGGUAUGGUGGCACAAUGACAAGGAAAUCAGCGGAAUGGAUCAUCGUGAGGUAAUCCAAGAAGGACGCCUACACAAGUUACUUAUUAAGAAAAGUAGUCUUUCUGAUGCAGGAACAUACAAAUGUACUGUCAAGAACCAAAUGACAUUUAGCAACGUUAUUGUUAAAGCUACCAAGCCAGAAUUUAUUAAGAAGUUGCAGGAUUUCGAGGUAAAAGAACGCGAUGUAGCGAUUUUAGAAGUUGAAAUCACAUCUCAAACGGCCGAUGUUACAUGGCGAAAAGAUGGCGAAUUAUUAAUGCCAAACAAAGAAAAACUAGUAUUCAUGAAAGAUGGUACCAUAAGGAAACUUUACAUCAGAAACGCAUCGGUUCAUGACGAAGGCGAGUACACCUGCGCUCUUCUGGAUCAAGAAUGUACAGCGGAAGUUACAGUUGUCGAAUUACCACCAGAAAUUAUUAUCAAAAUGCAAGACUUAACUAUAGCUACAGGGGAGAAAGGAACUUUCGACAUAGAAUUAACAAAAGGUGAUGCUCUGGUACGCUGGUUCAAAGACGGACAAGAAUUGCAAUUUUCUGAGCAUGUGCGAUUGUCAAUCGAUGGCAAAAGACAGAAAUUAAAAAUCUACGACACUGAAGUGGAAGAUGCAGGAAUCUACUCUUGUCAAGUUGGCAAUCAAACUUCAUCAGCCAGACUGACAGUUGAAGAAUCCGAAGUAGAUUUUAUUAAAAAAUUGCCAAAUAUUACUUUAGUGCCUCUCAACACUGAUGCAACUUUUCUUAUUGAAUUAUCGCGUGCUGAUGUAUUAGUAACAUGGUUAAAGAAAAAUGAAACGAUCGAUUGUGCACAAUCGUCAAAAUAUAAUGUUAUCGACGAAGGAAAUAUUAAAAAGUUCAUUGUUAGAAAUUGCACGACCGAAGAUAUUGCUGAAUAUACUGCUGCAAUUGCCAAUGUAAAAACAUCAUCACAAUUAAAAAUUGAAGUUAUCGAAACAUCGCCUAAAAUUCAUCUUGAUACGCUUAAAAAAUACAAAACAAUGAAAGGCGAUGACAUUGAUAUUGUUGUGAAAUUCACAGCUAAGCCAAUUCCAAUUGAUGAAUGGACCGUCAAUGAUCGUAUUCUUAAAAAAUCUAAACGAAUUAUUCCGUCCAUUGAUGAAUGUUCAGCCAUUUUAAUAAUCAGAGACAUACAAGAGAAAGAUCGUGGUGAUUAUAAUCUAAAAUUAACUAAUCCACAUGGAGAGGAUACUAUAGAAAUCAACGUAAUUGUUGUGCAGGUACCCAGUGCACCAGGAAUUCCGGAACCUCUUGUAAUAACUGACAACAGCAUUACUCUUCAUUGGAAGAAACCAGAUACAGAUGGACACUCCUCGAUCAUAGAGUACAUUUUAGAAUAUCGGGAAAAGACAGUAACUUUAUGGAAUAGAAUCACAGAGACAAUAAUCGACACUACAUAUAAAUUAACCAACUUGAUCACCGACAAGGAAUAUACCUUCCGCGUAACAGCUGUUAAUGAAGCUGGACCAGGAGAGGCAUCGCUGAAUACGCCAUAUCUAAGAAUUUCCAAGUUAUCAGCGUCCGAGCCACCGACCAUUCUUGAAGCACUUAAAAGUAUCAUUAUUGGAUUAGAGGAGGCUGUUACACUUUCUUGCGUAAUUGGUGGUGUACCGACACCUCGUAUUACAUGGUUGAAAGAUGGCAAGGCAUUCGAAAAUAGUGAUAUCACAUACGAAAACCACGUAGCUAAAUACAUUAUUCGAAAAACCACUGAGACAUCUUCGGCCACUUUUACAGUUAAAGCCCAAAAUGAUGUAGGAAUGGCGGAAACAUCAUGUCAAUUAAAAAUUCAAGAAUCUCCAAAGAUUACUUGUGACGAAAAUUUAAGAAAGCAGAAACUAACAGUUGGCAGUAAAUGGAAAGCCGAGAUUUAUUUUAGUGGUUUCCCAAAACCAGAAGUAACGUGGAUGAUAAAUAACAAGACAAUAAUUGAUAAGCGCAUUUCUAUUGAGACUAAGAAAAAUACAUCUAUUAUUAUGAUUUCUUCGCUCGUCAGAAAUGACACAGCUAUCUAUACAGUGAAAGCAUCGAACGAAGCCGGCAGCUCGUCAAUGGAAUGUCAUCUUCGUGUUAUAGAUAAGCCAAGCAAACCACAGGGACCAAUUAUCGCGAAAGAAAUUAGACAAGAUCGUGUCACCAUAGAAUGGCGACCACCGAUCGAUGAUGGUGGUGUUGAACUGGAAAGAUAUACUAUCGAGAAGUGCGAAAUGAAUAAGAAAGUUUGGACAAAAGUAGGCGAUGUCGACAAAGAAGUUGAGAAUUUCUGUGUACAGAAAUUGCAACAAGACGUCAACUAUCUAUUCAGAAUAGUUGUUAGAAACUCGGUCGGAUUCUCAGAUCCUUUGGAAUCCGAACCAAUUCAAACAAGAAUUUCAUUCGAAACACCGGGUCCACCGAGGGGACCACUCCAAGUUUUUGGAAUGACGAAAACGUUAUUUACAAUAAAAUGGGAACCACCGGAGAAUGAUGGCGGGACUCCUAUUAUAAAAUAUAUUAUCGAAAUGAAAGAAACAUCGAAGAAAACUUGGCAAAAAAUUGCGAGUACAAAGGGGGAAGUCACUAAUGUUACUAUAUCUGAUUUAAAACCAGACACAUCGUACAAUUUCCAAAUAAUAGCUAAAAAUAGCAUUGGUACUGGUCCUCCGUACAUAGCAGAAGAAGUGAUUACAACCGGUCAACAACCAACACCACCUUCAUGCCCGCUAAACGUCCGAGCAACAAAUAUCACUAGCAAAAGCGUCACUCUCAAUUGGUCACCACCAACUACAACAGGAGGAGUAGAAUUAACAGGUUAUGUAAUCGAGAAGAGACCAUUAAUCGGGAAAGGCGCCAGAUGGUCAAAAGUUGUCACUUUAGAUGCUACAACAUCUCAAUAUUGUAUAGAGAACCUAAAAGAAAGCGAAUUCCUCUUUAGAAUUUUUGCUGAAAAUAGUUUAGGUCUUAGCAUACCUACUAAUUCCGAACCGAUCACGUUAAAAACUCAUGCCAAUGUUCCAUCAUCACCUACUGCUCCGUUAGAGAUGAGACAGAUUGCAGCGAAUACAAUGGUAAUCGAAUGGGGCAGACCCGAAUCAGAUGGCGGUGCAUCUCUCGAGGUUUACAAAAUUGCUAUUAGAGACGUAAAGAAAACUAUGUGGAUGGAAGUGGGAAGAGUUAGCGCAGACAUCCAAAAAUUGAACAUUAGAGAUCUGCAAGAGAAUCACGAAUAUCUCGUAAGAAUCUUCGCACGAAAUGAAAUCGGAUUUAGCGAUCAUUUGGAAUCGGAAGAACCCUUUAAGAUCGUACCGACAUCAGAACUGUCGUACGUGGAACCAGUUGCAGAGACCAUGGACAAAGGUGAGACCACAUCGAUCAGUUUUAGUACGGAAAAUACAAGUUCAUGGUUGAGAGAACAUAAUAUGGAUGCUGAUAUACAUUCAUACGCAAGAGCAAGAUUACUUAGGAAAGAUGAGUACUUUUUCCGUAUUUGGCACUAUGCUAAAAAGCUAUUUGAAUAAGCAUUUGUUAUACUCAUAUAACUUUGAAUAUUUCUAUUGUUAUUGUAGAAUGUCGGCGGAUAUAUGAUCUUUUCCGCAACUGGAAUUUUAUUU